GCUCUCUCUCGGGUACCCUGUGCAAAAAAAAACUCUCUCUCUCUCUCUCUCUCUCUCUCUCUCUCUCUCCGGUGGCUUUAUGUACUCUAUAUUUCAAAUCUAUAAAUGCGUGGAUACUGAUUUGGUCGUUCUAUCCAUCUAAAAUUAGUUUUUUAGCCAUUAUUUCUGUCGAUGAUGGACUCGAGAUAGGCCCGUUGUUUUCAGAAUAAGGUUGCUGGGAUCAGAGAGCAUCCAUCAUCAAUCCAGAAUGGUAGAGAUCCGUGGCUACUCCGUCUGAUCCCGUUCUCCAUUAAAAAAGCUAUUCAUUUGUUCUCUACCUGGACAUUGCCAAACCAAGCUCCCCUACUUGAAGUUUGUUCUUGGAAUUUGAAACCGAAUGCUAUGAGGCUGAAGAAGUGCACCCGUGGAAUUUCCUCCAGCAAUACUGGUGAAAUGGUGAAUGAUGUCAACUUGCCUCCUGAGAUAGUGAUUGACAUUCUGACAAGACUUCCAGCGAAGGUGGUAGGCCAGUGCAAGUGCAUCUGUAAGCAUUGGCGCGCUCUGAUUGAGGACCCUACGUUUGCCGAAUUGCACCAUAAUCGCGCCAAGUGUAGACCAGACGGUUGCUACCUGGUAAUCUCUUUAAGCCCCGCCAUCACCUUUGAUAAGAUAGAUUUUUUCUCAGUCGGUUACGAAGGUGGAUCUGCUCAACACUUGUUCACUUUUCCGACCCAAGAGAAAGGUUGGUAUCAUAUUAAACAAUCUGUCAAUGGCUUAAUAUGUGGGUACCUUAUGAAGCCAAGAACUAUUUUCAUAGUGAAUCCUACCACCAAAGAAGUUUUUACCCUUCCCCAAUCAAGUAUGCCAAGAGGUGAUUCCCUCUUUUUUACUCACCCAAGGUUUUCGUUUGGAUUUGACCCUUCCACUAAACAAUACAAAGUGUUCAACGUAUCCCCUAACCUACAUCCGAGUGCGAAUACGGAGUUUGCUGAGUACUCUUAUUACCAGUAUGAAAUUUUCACUUUGGGUACACAUUCAUGGAGAAAAAUUGACGUUGUCCCCCCGUCCCCUCACUUUCCGUUUGGUUUUGGGGGCAUUUGUGUGAAUGGAGUUAUAUACUGGAGAAGUACAUCUACGAAACCUUCUUCCACUAUUGAUAAGGAGGUCAUAGUGGCAUUUGACCUCAAAGAGGAGAGAUUUCGGGUGAUUCCAUUGCCUGAUGGACCCUCAGCCAAGCCUUGUCUGCGAGAACUUGGAGGCCAUUUGGCUGCUUGUGAGGAUUUCCCAGAAGAUGUACCGGAGGAGCUUUGGAUACUAGAGGACUAUGAGAACUGGGUUUGGGUCAAAGUCAUCAUCACACCGCCGUGUAAUUUUGUUUUUGCGGACUAUUUUCAUACGAAUGGUGCAAUUCAGACCGGUGAGAUCCUUUUACAUAGCCCAACCACGGCCCUAUGUUCGUCUCCCAGCUUGUUUGAUAUCUGCUAUUAUGACCGGAAGAAUAGUAGUAUGAGAAGGAUUGAUGUCACCGGGCUUCCUCUUUCAGAGGUCAUGGGUCCACCACGUAAUGGUCUACUUGGAAAAAUAAGGGUCUCUGAUUGUGUGGAGAAUCUGUUAUCCUUGAGGGGAAUUUAAAAGUUUAAUCCUUUUUGCGUUGUAAUAUUUUCUCUAUGUUAUACUUGUUAUUGCAUUUCAUUCUUGUGAGACUUCUCUGUGAAGUUGUCUGCCUAGGGGUGGGUGUGUAUUGAUUCACGUUAGAUUGUGGAUUUUUCCAAUGAGAAAUUUAUGGGCAUUGGAUUAUUGGAUUUAGGCAGAAGUCACAGAACGUAUGAUGGAAUUUAUGGGCAUUCUAUGGCAUUGUUGAUUCAGUCUUCA